AUGUCGCACGGCGUUGGGCGCUGGUCGUGUCUCCGGCCGCUGCUGCAGCACGGCGCCGGUUACGUCGCACCGCUGCGGCCUGUGUGCCGCCUCGCGGCCGGCGGGGUUCGCCGCACCCGCGUUCUCCUGCGGCCGCAGACGAUCAAGCCCAACCCGGCGCACACCCCGAGUGGGAAGUUUGACCGCAGCUUUGAGAAGCUCAGCGGGGAGCUAGAGAACCGCAUGCCGUUUCGCCAGCAGCAGAUUCUCUUCGGGAGCAAGUACGACCACAACUUUGGUGAGGAGAGCUACGAGGCGCUGAAGCAGGCGGCGCAGGACGACAUAUACGGCCGUGAACCAGAGAAGGCGGCGGCGCAGCAGGCGCGCAGCUACUUCACCGGCGACGACCUCUCCCCCACCGCCCUGCACGUGAAGUCGCCACUGCUGAAGGUCGCGCAGCUUCAGCAGCGGCAGAAGUACGACAAGAAGAUCCUCAAGACCUCGCAGGAGCCCACGGAGUACUACUACCACCGCGAAGCCCCCGCGCGGCGGCGGGCUCGGCAUCGAGUCAUGGCGGUAGGCGCCGCCGUGGGACUUGGUGCCGCGUGGUGGGGCCUGCGCCGCCUCCGCCGCUACAUGCUUGAGUAG